UUCCAGCUUUGGCAUGGAAAGAUAUUAUAUCCAACCACAGUGUCCCUUCUGAAAUCGACUGUUCAUUUAACUGUGGUAAUGAGCCAACAUGUGCUGGAUUUAAAUACAAAUUUGGUACAAACAGUCCAUCAGUAAACUGCCAACUCAGCAACACUACUGGCAAGAACAACAUGGCAAAUUAUGAUGAUCAGGGAUGGGUGUUUUUUAUCGAUGUUACAAAAAAAUUGGUACGUAUAUGUACUUAAAUUAUGUGUGAUAACUCUUGAAACAAUAGCGUGAUUCCUUUCCGGAUUUUUAUCUCCAUGACCAUAUGUUUCAUUUUUUAUAUAUUUAAUUCGUGUUUUUUUUCUCAAUAAAGCCGUGCAACCGACUUGAUGUAUUUAGUGUGUCACUUACAGUAGUAUUAGCAAAUAUACAAAACUUGCAUAUUGUUGGUUUGAUACAAAAGAGUUACUGUUAACAGCUAACGUAAACAUUACCUAACCUAAGGGUUACUGUAAAUAUAGCAGCAACUUGAUCUCCUUUAAUCGAACAAGCCUCAGAUACUUUUACUACUAUUUAAAACACGAGCAAGAGUGCUUUAUCAGAUAUACGGGAGCGUAGCUCGAGUGUUUUAUAUCUGAUAAAGCACCGUUUGUGCGAGCGUCUUGAGCUGUCAGAGCCGAGAAAAUCGAAUGAACAUUAUUUUUUAUCACAUAUAAAACCACCGAUGAAUGGUAUAGUAAUUUCCUUUGUCGUUUCCUCAAGAAAUAUUAACGAGUUUUUUAAUGUAUUUUAACUAUAGAAACAUUACAGUACUAGAACUAAGAAAGAAAUGACUACAACGCCUGGUAUUCCUACAACUGAGAAAGAAAUUGCAACAACGUCUGGUAUUCCUACAACUGAGAAAGAAAUUACUACAACGCCUGGUAUUCCUACAACUGAGAAAGAAAUUACUACAACGCCUGGUAUUCCUACAACUGAGAAAGAAAUGACUACAACGCCUGGUAUUCCUACAACUGAGAAAGAAAUUACAACAACGCCUGGUAUUCCUACAACUGAGAAAGAAAUGACUACAGCGCCUGGUAUUCCUACAACUGGUAAGUGCAACGCACAUUUUAAAUUAAAAUAUCUUCAUAUUUUUGUAUUCCUAUAUUGAUAAUUUCGUUUGAAUUCAUGAUUUGUAAUGAUUCGUUCGGUAAUUUGCACUAUAUUAGAGAGUGCAAAAACUCCGAAAUCUGAAUGGCAGACGCAGAGCCGUCGUUAUAGGGGGGGGGUGACACACCCUGAAAGCGUCUUGUCGGCAAAAUAAAUAGAUUUAUCGGCAAAUUGUUUUCGUAGUCAGCGAAAAUAUUUGAGUGGCUCUUCUGACUGUAAAGUAUUAGUUAUAGAAAUAAAAUUAAUAAAUGUUACCAAAAAAUAAGAUUUUUUACCCCCCUCCCCGCUCGCCAACAAUUUUGGGAAAAGAAAUCUUAAUUACAGACUGAAAUGUUGUCGGCAAAUGCGAACUCCAACCUUAGUCUCUUCGCUACGGUCCUGGGCAGACGGUAUCCACGAAGGAUUGCUCGAAAGGCGAGUCGUCUGCCACGCAGGGAAUGCUGGGAUAAGUAAAAAUCUAUCUUCAUAAUGAUCAAUUUCAUUUCUUGAAAUCUAUUUAGUUCUGCCCCAACGUAAUGAAUGCUCCAGCUAUUCAUGGCUGAAUGAAAGCAGCAGAAACCAGAAUUAUUCAGGAGGAGGAGGAUAUUGUGACGAUGGUCUUUCUCCAGGGUGGUACAGAUUUGGAGGAGGAGCUGGGAUUAAAAUGGCAUCAUCGUGUGUACCUGCGGGGAGAUGUGGAACCGCUGUCUCAGGUUGGAUGAAUGGUACUCACCCAACAGUUGCUGAUGGCAACGUGACCAGGAUAGUGUGUUACACUUGGCAAAGUCAUUGUUGUAUGGAGUCAAACAACAUCGAGGUUGUGAAUUGUGGACAGUAUUAUGUUUACAAACUAAGCCCUCGUCAUGGUUGUUAUUCAAGACAUUGUGGAUCAGAUAAUUGA